GGAAGGAAGGAAAGAUGGCGGCCGGAGCCGAAGCGGCCAGCAGCGGCGGUCGCAGCAGCAGCGGCUCGUCGGCGGCUCUGGAAGCGAGUCUGGACCGCCGAUUUCAAGGAGUUACGAACACGAUGGAGUCCAUUCAGAGCUUGUCGUCCUGGUGCCUCGAGAAUAAGAAACACCACGGGCUCGUAGUGCGCUUCUGGAUGAAGUGGCUCAAAAAAUCGGAUGCCAGUCACAGGCUGAAUCUCUUCUACCUCGCGAAUGAUGUCAUUCAGAACUGCAAGAGGAAAAACGCCAUCGCUUACCGCAGCACGUUUGCUGAAAUCUUGCCCAGUGCUGCCCUGCUGGUCAGGGAUGCGAAAGUGCGUAAGUCAGUGGAGAGAAUCUUCAACAUUUGGCAGGAGCGGAGUGUUUACCCAGAGGAGCUGAUCACCGAGCUGAAGGCAAAUCUGCAGAAAAAAGAGACGGCGCCCCCUUCAGUGACCCCAAAAGCCGCCCUCAAGUCCAAGAUCGUAGCAGAGUUUGCACCUCAGGCGUUUAUCGAUCGCCUCUCUGCGUACAAACGCUCCUUAGAGGAGUGCGAGCUGAAAGAGAAACAACUCGCUGCUCUCAGAGUCGACGUCUGCAGCACCGAAGCUCUCAAGCGACUCAAAGACAAAGCAGGAGGAAAUAAAUUUUCUAAGGAUUUUGAGGAAGGCAGCAUGAAGCUGCAGGAGGUUGUGAAGUUUCUGGAAGGACAGAAGGAGGCCGGACCAGCGCUGCUCGAGGCUCUGGGGAACGCCGACUUAUUUUACGAAAUGCAGUACAAAGAGGUCAAAAUUGUCGCGAAUGCAUACAAGACGUUUGCGAACCGCGUUUCGAAUCUGAAACGCAAGCUGGACGCUCUGAAAGCCACGCUACCUGACGUCGAGUCUCCGGUUCCCUCCCCCUCGGAGGAUGCGCCUUCACCCUCUGGCUCCGAAUCGCCCUUUCACGGAUUGGGACGCGGCCAACGUACAAAAGAGGAGAAGGACAACAGAGACGUGGAGGACAUGGACAUGUCUGAUGAGGAGACUGCAAACACAGCAAGCAUUAUUGUUGAAGACAAAAAAGAAAAGGCGUCUUCUUCGACAGUUCCCAAAGCCACCAGUGCAACAGCUGCCAAGUCCCCGACUUUAGCUCCUCCCGCAAAAACGACAUCUGAGCCCACAGCUGUUCAGACAGUAUCCUCGUCUACGGCGACGACGACCUCACCCACCAGUACUCUCAGCCCCGCCCCUUUAAAUCUGGCCAAUGUGGAUCUGGGCAAGAUCAGCUCCAUCCUGAACAGCAUCACGAACGCCAUGAAGAACACCGGUGUGAGUCCAGUGUCCCGCCCUUCUCCAGGAACUCCCACUACACAGCCAGGCCACACCCCUACAGCAAAAGCCACACCCACUGCUGGAACUGCGGCGCCCAAUCCGCUGGCCAGCAUCUUGUCGAGGGUGGAUAUUUCACCAGAGGGAAUCCUGAACGCGCUCACAAAGACGCACACACAUGCUGGUUUGUCUUCUCUGCUCUCCUCCGCCCGCGCUGGUUCUCUCACCUCCUCGAACUCUGUCCCCUCUUCUUCUGCUGUCACCACAGCGACAGCAACAGUCAUGACGACAACCACUACUCCAACAACACCGACCACCCCGAAGACUCCAAAGGCUUCUGAAAACAACACCGUGACCCGUGAGACGGAAAGAGAGAGAGUGAUAGAGUGGGAGAAAGAGAGGGAGAAAGAUAGACAGGAAGUCGUGAUGCCGAGCUUGGAGUCGAAAAUCAACAACUUUCUGCAAGUAAAUCCUGGCUUUGCAGGCGUAUUCGAAGCGGAAAGUAACAGCCCACUGCUUGUGGGCGGAGACGCUACACCAGUUCGAGAUGAAAGGGGUGGGACACCGACACAGGAUGAAAUAAUUGACAGUCCUUGCGUGGUGGGCCACAAAGCCCACGUUUCAUCGUGGGGCACCGAAGACGACCGGAAAGACCGAGACUACCGAACCCCAUCGGCAAAGAGUGCAGUGAAACACAAGGAGCAAGAAGUCGGGAAGAGGAGGAGUGAAGCAUCCCCUGGUCACACCCCUUCCUCCUCCUCCUCCUCCACCACCCCUUCCACGUCCACUUCAUCUUCCUUCUCUGCACAGGAAGUGGCCACAAAAGCUAAAACUGAAGGGAGAAGAGCGAGUGUCGGAGCUCAGAGAGAAAAAGGCAAGGAGGAAAAAGGAGGGAAGAAAGGCACAAAGAAACAGGAAGUCAUGGGAGGAGACAACGAACGCUAUCAUCGCAUCGAAACCGUGGUUACUCCGGCAACCAGCGUCGAAGCCACAACCGUAGAUCCGCUCGGCUACAGCAACCGCAUCCAGACAGUUGAGAGCAUUCGCGUGAUUGGUCGAGGUCCCAGAAGGUCCAGUGGUGCCACCAGAGGGGGUGGGGUGUGGUAUGAAGAGGCGGAGUUUAUGGAAGCCCCGCCCCAGCCUCACCCUGGAAAUCAUGGCCCUGAGAGUUCUGGAGACCAUGCCACAUCUGCCCCAGCUCAUUUGGUAGUUCCCCAGGGGCAAUACUCAUCACCACCUCCCCCUCCCUUCUUCCCGCCUUCUCAAACCCCAGCCCCUCCAGUCGUUCCUCCUCCUCACAUUGCUCCGCCCACUCCGCCUCCACUGACCCCUUCGAGGGACUUCCCUUCCUCUCCUACUACUACUGCUGUGAUGGUGGGUGGCAUCCUGGUCCCCAUUGACCGAGUAUUGCCCCUCCCACCUGCUAAUCUGCGUCCAGAGGCGGUGGCAGCCCAUGGGGGUGGGGCUGUCGCUUCUUCUAACAACGUCAGGGGUAAAUCUCACUCGAUGCGCCCCCUUCAUCGCCCACUAUUGGGGCAAAGCCCGACUUCACCUUCACCCACCACUCCAACCACACCCACAACCACUCCCCCCUCCAGAGAGCCCCGCCCACUUUUGCCUUCCCCACCCCGACCUCUUCUUCGCUUGCCUUCACAGAGGCUUCCGUUGCCCCUUCCCCGAGAGCCCUUGUUGCCAGGCGCAAAGCGGCCUGGCCCUGCCUACCGAGGUGGAUCGUUACAUGCUCCAAAACGACCGUUUUUGCCUCCUCGCUAUUAAGGGUUACGAUGCUGUCUAAUCGGAUGCAUGCGUUUGCGCUGGCCCUGCUCCCUUCUACUGAGGUCAAAGGUCACGUGGUAUCUGCCGAAACACAUGCACACUUAAACCCCGGCCCCAGCCUGAUUCCCCUUUAAGCCACUCACUUAGACAAGAUGGAAGGUGGAAUUGAACUCAGAGAGAAAGGAAGAUGAACAGAGAGAGAAAAGGUGGUUAUUCUGAUCAUUUCCACACGUGUGUGUGUGUGUGUGCGUGCGUGUGUGUGUGUGAGAACAAGUAAAACCAGAUUAUUCUUAAUGAUCUAGGUCUGUAAUUAAUAAUGUAAAUAGAAGCUUUCUCUCUUUGCUGUGUGGCUUCUGCAUUCCUGCUCUCAAACUCUAUCACUUUCCUGUAAAAACACUUUCACCUCUGCUUCACACUGAUGUCAAACAUCUGGAUUAAACCUCUGUUCACACUAGAAAUUGACAGCAGUAGCCAAAAGAUACACGGUCUGUUGUAUCAUUUAUACGUUAUUUUUGCGAGAAACACAUUUCUGUACUCCAGUUCGGAAAAGAAAAUAAACGCAAGCAGAUUCUUGAGAGUUGAGAAUUUGUGGGCGGGGCUAUGUCACUUGCUCAUGUAAACGCAGGCUUAUUUUUGCUCAACAGCUCGGUUAAACAAUCACAAAUUUCAGCUUUGAAUGAAAGCAGAAUUUAUCUCGCAAAAAAAACCCACAACACAGAUCAAUCUUAAUGCUUCCUUCUUUCUACUUCCUGUCUUCUGGGUUUUUUUGGUUUGUUUGUUUGUUUGUUUGCUCCCCCCAGUUCUCGCCUGUAUUCUGAUGAAUAAAAGCCCUGCGUUGAGAAACAAGAAUGAUCGGGGGCUUACAAUUAUUUAUCAUAAUGAUUAUGAUGAUUGUUUUUUGGUGUGGGUUCCCCCCCGGAAGAAAAAUGUGAAUACGAACUGUGCAACCUUUUUUUGUUUGUUUGUUUGUUUUGUUUAAAUGAAGAAGAAUACCUGUUUCUGAAUCUGUACACAAGUGAGCUACAUGUACGAUUUGUUUAAAAAAAAAAAGCAAGCACUUGGCAAUGACGGGAGAUAUCGAAUUUGCGUAAUUGUCACGCCCAUUUUUGAGAUCCAUUGUGAUCUUGCUUGGGGGCGACGAGCUCUGGUGAUAUGUCUACUGAUAUUUUGGCUCCACCCACUUGCCAGAGCUUCGAGGACCGCAGUAAUGUCAGAUUGGUCUAAACGCACUGACACGCCAACCUCUUUGUUAAACUGUUCAACUUUUUUCAGUGUUUUGCUUCAAACAAGGCGAUAAAAUAUGAAUGGCGAAAUCGUACACGUAGCUCUUUCAAAAUUCUUACCCCUUCUGAGGAAUGUGAUUGGAUGGUUCAAGAAGAGGCACUCUCACUCCUGCAUUUUGUCUGUUUCCUUUGAAUUACACGUUUCAUCUUUGUAAUUUUCCUAAGAGUCCAAAGUCACUUUUGAAUACCGUUUCGAACGCACCCUUGUCGACUUCCUGUUGCGAUGCUCCCUCGCGUCUUAGGCACGUACUUUCUGUUCUGUCAAGUGACGCAGAACCCAGAAGGCAUUGCUGCGAUCUGUUUUCAAAAUGUCACCCAAGAUAUUUUAGGUGUGUAAACAGUGUAAUAUUUAAUAAACGUUGCCUGAAGUUAAAAUCAGUUUUAGCAGAACACGAACGCUAGUUGGAAUGUUAUUCUGCCUAGCGCAUUUUCACGUCAGCUAGUUUGGAGAUCGGGUUUUCUUCCUCCAUCAGAGCUGAACUUUUCUUUCAGAGCCGAACAGCAGUGUUGCUUCCAUGGCCGAGUUAGUGACCGUACCGACUAGUUAGCAUGAAACUGCUAAUUAAAAAAAUAAUUAUUUUCACAAAUUCCUGAGAGCGAGCGAGAACACAACGUUUACUUUGCGAGCUGGAAUUCCACUUCAAUCUGUCAGCGGGUUAGUCAACCAACUCUUCAGCACAAAUUCACCAUCAGUUUUAAUGUGUGAGCUGAGGAAACUUUGCUCACCAGAACAUAAACUUCAGUCUGCUAGUUAGUGUGUAGAUACACACACACAAGCUCAAGCUGCACGUUGCUCGCUGAAAUGUUAGGAGAUGGACUUUGAGGAAAUUUUACUUGUCUCGCACAAUCGUUGCUUCAGUCUGCUUGGUAGUUACUGUGCCGGCGAGUUAGCAUAAAAUUUCGAUUUUUCAAAAGAUAUAGCCUCUUCCUCCACUUUACUUUAGUUAGCAUGCCAGCUAGUCAGAAAAGUAAAAUGGAGCGUUUCAAUCUUCUGACAGACUUUUGUGAUUUGUCGUUAUUGCGCAUUUCCAAGUGGACGAAGGUGUGCUCGAGGAAACGGUAUCGACACAUGGGUCAAAAUCUUCGUCAGUAUUUACGUGUAUCUAAAAACAAAAGUUCAGAUUCGAUUUUUACCUUGGAUGUGUAUCAAACACUUCAGAUUUGAGGAGUGAGUGCUGGGAAGAAUGUCCUGUUACUGAUUUCCACCUGCACGGAGAAAACUGAACUGUAAUUCAUUAAUGUACAUAUUGCUGCUUGUACAAAUAGUGAUGUGAUUUUGUUUUUUUUCCCCCCCUCUCAUUUUGGUUCAUAACAUGUGCACAUUUAAGGAA